GAACGCGUGCAGCAAAUGUAAACAAUAAUAAGGCAGAGUCGAGGCCGCUUCAAAUUUCGAAUUUACUUCGUGGGAAAACUCGUCAAGCAAAACACAUUUUUGGCCCUGCGGGCAGUCGAAAGUUCAGGAGUUAAAAAGGAUAUCGUUGCAAAAAGUGUGCUGCAUUGUUUAGGCUCUUGAGGCUGAGGUUCUGCUGCACUUUGCCGCGUUCACCGUGGAGCUUUCAACCUGCUUUCAACCCUGUGUCUGCCUGUGCCGGCUACUGGAUGUCAAAGAUGUUUUCGAGAUUUCAAGAGGUGUCAGGGAAGAAAAAUCGAGCUGAAUUACGAAAAUUUGUAGAAAAUGCAUCAGCCGACGAGCUGUCAGAGAUGAUAACCGAAAGGAUUUGCAAUACGAGUGUGCUUAAAACAUUGGAUGAACUCCUUCAAGGAUUCACAGAUUCUGAAGGAUCUCAGACUAAAAAACGCAAAAUCAUUGAAUCUGUUUUAAAAUCACUGUGUAAAGUCGAAGCUACUGGAUCCCAUGUGAACAAUAUUGUCAAUCGAAUAGUGCAAGAUUUUCCUUCUGACUCCAAGGCCAAUCUUCUGAAACUCGCUGAAUUCUGUCAUGACAGGAUUCGUCUCAGGGAUGAUAAUUUUAUGAGCUGGAAAGACAUGUUGCCUAUAAUACUGCAGGUCCUGGAAGAAGAAAAGUACAUAAAUUACAAAGGUAACGAAGUGUCUGGAGCAGAAUACAAGUCGUUAAUCGUUCAAUCAAUUUGCAACAGUCCAUGGGAACCAGAAAUUUUAACAUCGCUGACACAACUUUUUCGGGAUAUAUCUUUGGAGAAAGCUGAUCACGAGCUCGUAAUUAGGGCUCUGUGUGAUAAAAUACGCGAUGUGGAAUUGAAUGGAAUCCCACCGUUGGUACACCAAUUAUUGAGACUCUGUUCCCCUCCUGAUGGCAAAUUACUUUUGGGAACAUUAAAAAAGUAUUUUGCUCUCAAAUACGCAGAAGUUGGGGAUUCUCAAAAUAUGGAUAGCCUCAACGACAUAGGGGUUGUGAGUUUGAAAGAAAUACAAGAAACUGAAAGUACAGUAAUAUAUCACAUAUAUCAAGCUGCACAAGUGAACCAUUCAAGACUCAAGGAUUUUGUAACGUCGCUAAAAAAAGUCACAAACGCACCAGAACAUAUUUUAGAUCCGUUUCUCAUAGGAGUGCUGUUGUCGGUGAUAAAUGUGUACGAGGAUCAGAUUUUGGAAAUACUGAAACAAGCUAUGUGCCGAAAAAUUCAGGACGAUGAGAAACGGAAGAACAGCGCGUGGCUCAGAAGUGUUUUACCGGAGGAUGGACGAAUUGUUGAAGUCAUCGAACAUGUGAUUGCCAACAGUAACAAAGACCGUCAUCUCGUACUACAAGGAUUAGUCGAACUCGCAUUUGUCCUUAUGGACACUGAUAGUCGAAUGAAAGACGAUGAGCAUCAAUUGAGUGAACUUGGCAUACGAAUAAUUCAAAAAUUGAUUCGCAAACGCCAUGAAAUUGGAGCAACCGUUUUACGAAAACUGGCCGAUAAAAUAAUCAGUGGUGGUUCAGCAAUUUCUCAGUAUACAGAAUGUUUGUCAUACAUUUGUCGAAAGUUGACCCUCGUCGUCCUGGACAAUCAGGCUUGGGUCAUAACCCUUCUGGAAUUAUUAAUGACAAUUCCAGGCGAUGCGGCAAAACAAGUUCUUCACGCGGUAUUACCAUUAAUGCGGAUAUCAGCGACAAUUCGAGAUUCCCUCGUUCUGGUUCUCAGGAAAGCUCUCUAUCGCAAAGGAACUCACACACGACAAAUGGCGGUCGUUGGAUUUUUGCAACUCUUGAAAAAUUCAAAAAUCAGUGAAAUAAAUACACUCAGUCAAUCGGGUCAAAGUUCGAGCACUAGCGCUUCAAGUUCGACCUCGAUAUUCACUCAGGUUACACUGGAAAGACGCGCGCAGUCAGCAAGCUCCAAUGCACGCUGCAACAUUGCUCUCUGUCUAGAAGUUUUAAGCAUUCUCAAACGCUGUUUCACUCACGAGGUCGAGGUUCGCACCAGUCUCUAUAAAGGUCUCUACGACACGGUGAUAAUGAAUCCUGAAUCAUCUGAAUACGUAAUGGACAUGUUGUUAAACCAUUUCGACGUUUUUUACGAAACUGAUGAGAACGUCAAGCCUCCGCUAAAAUUUCAUAUUUGUUCUAAUAUUAAUGGCGCCGAAGCUGUACUUCAGGAGCCUAUUGGCGAAUUGGUGUUCGUUAUACAAAGAAUUUACAUCAAAAUGGCUUCGAGAAGUUCGACUGCGUUGGAUAGAGCAGCGAUGAUUUUGGAGUCUCUUUGCAAAAGAACGACUCAAACGGAAUUGGAGCAUUUGAGCAUCGAUGACCAGACAGACUUAUUGGAUAAUGUUCCGAAGUCACAGCAAAAAUUGCACACUUUGAAGCUACUAAUCACAGUAUAUGAGGCCCUGAUGGCCUACAGAAUUGGUGGCUGGUCGACCGAGAGUGUACAGGUGUCGCAGAAUAUUAACAGUCUCUUCAAAAGUUACAGCGAGCUCGUAAAGUUCUGCACGAGGAUUUCUAAACCAAAGAAAGGUGACGGAAAAGCCAAAAAGGAUAAAGAUGGUAACGACACAACCUUGAACAAGCGGGCAGGCCGGCCCGUUGGUGUGAAACUUCCCAACACUAUUAUGAACUUAGAGACGAUUCACAAAAUGCUUUGUCUCCUUUACGAACCUUCGGUACCUUGGGCUACAAGAGAGCAAUCAGAAGUGUUGAAAAAACGCUCAGACUUUCACCACUAUAUUUUACAAACUGCCACACAACUGAUCCAAAGCGCCAAACUAUUGAAAAACGCCGAUCUCCAAAGACACAGAGAUUCGAAUAUCAAAGAUUACAUGGAAAUUGGAGAACUUCUCUACAAACGAAUAAUAUGCGACCUGGAUGAGAUUCGUAAUUUUGACCAGGAAACUGGAGUUUUUGGCUUGGAGUUAUUCAAGGAACUGUGCGAUUUCAUAUGUUCGUCGUCGCCUUCAGACCUCCCCAAAUUUCUCAGUUGUACAUGUCAGGUCGAGGCUUCUAGGGGUCUUCCAACACAAAUUCAACACUUGUUAAAAACGUUGCAAUCAUUAAUCGAUUCGUACUUCGAGGAAGAGAAAAGUGACGAGCCAAUAGAAAAAAAAAUACCAAUCAUAAUAUUGGACACGAUGUCGAUAAUGUUGCGCAGGGUCAGCUUCCAUAAUUCCCGGGCGAAUAAGGUUUUCGAGUGGCUGAAAAAUUUGGCUGAAACGAAAGAGGUCGAAACUCCAAUUGCAACUAUUUUUGUUCAACUGUUAUCGAUGAUGGAAGAACGCGACGCUGAAAAUGGCAUCACGGUCGAUGCAUUGUGUAUGGAAUUGUGUGACAAACUUGGCACCAUUGUUAAGAGCGACGACACGACAACCGAGAGUUUCAAAUGUUUGAGCGAAUCCUCAGCCGUCCAAGCUCAUGGGAUUUUGAACGCUGCUAUUAAAAAUAAACUCAGUAACGCCUCGUGGCUGUUAGCAAGGCUCAAGUCUGAACAGUGCAUAGCUAGCUCCCCAGGAUUGGGCGACGAAACUGAUAGAGAAAAACUGCGAGAAAAAGAGCGAAGCCUCUGUCGACAAUUGUCUUACAUCAUUCAAAUGCAAAGAUCUUUGGCUACGGCAGCGAUUGAUCCAGGACCAAACACGGACUCUACUUUCAAGAACCUUCAGCAGUUAUACAAGCUCCUCAGCGAUUUGACGAAAUACUUUUACAAUAAAUCUACCCCGCAAAAUCCGGCCUUUCAGUCAGUCAAAUUCGUUCAAGUGGUCGAGCUUGCGGGCAAAUCUCUGAAACUGGAUUUCUACAAUCUGAUAACACACACCGACGAACAUCAAAAUACCCGAAGAGGAAAGUCUGACAGUCACGCCCAACGGAACAAAGUAUUAAAAGAGACCAAGUUAAUUCCCAACGUGGUAUUCGCUAUCGAACUUUUCCAGAAAGACAUAAUGCAGCUCAGUAAAAAAACUGGCGUGCCAUUGGAAAAUCAUCUCAAACAAAGUAUAACACGAGAUUACAGGAUUAACAAUCCCCAACUUGUGGAAGGCCUUGAAAAAUUAGAUGUUAGUCUGCAAAUAAACACACAGAAUUCGACACAUGUGGCGAACCCGGACAAUACGUUCAACGACGACGAAAGUGAUAACAGUCACAGUGACGCUCCUGCAACCAAAAAAUCUCGUCUCGAUGAUUCGGUGUGAUCCAAAUAAAAAGAUUCUUUUUAUACUACAAAAUAUAUAACAAUUUUUUUCAUUAUGUAUAAUAAUAUACCUUAAUUAUCCAGACUCAUCACUCAUUAAUUUAAAAAAAAAAAAAAAUCAUCGCAAUCACACGAACUUGAGUCCUAUCGAAGGCACAAGUUUUUGUUUUUUUUUCUUUCUAGGAUAUACUUGUUAAUUUCACUUCAAAUUAUUUUUUUCUUCUACUUUUUGGCGGCUAUCUUCCCGAAACGAGUUGUGCGGCAUGUGCUAAAUCAAAUUAUUUUGAAUUUCCGAAGAAAUCGCUGAACGCGACGUUAAAUCUUGUCGCACACCACUCCUUCCACACGAGAACAAUACAUCGCAAAUCUAAUUAUUAUUGAGACUUCAGUUUAAAACUAUAGUUAACAAGUUGAAAAUCGCUAUAUUAUUUGAAAAUUUUUGAUAAAACUAUCUGUUGUGUACACUCCCUGAAAGCGAAUAAAAAUAUUCCGUUGGUGCCAUUGUU